CCAAUAGCUUCGGCUGGUCAUAUCGAUCAAGUUCUGGCGCUAGUCUUCCCAAGUGCAUAUACCCAACAACAUGAGCCAUUGUAUCGCAGACAGUGAAACAGCUCCAGGUUGGUUGCAUAACGACUUCCUACUGGAAGUGAUCCGAAAGGCUCAAAAUGACCCUUCCUUAUGGCUGUGCCAUGGGUGCAAAUUACGCCCGGAAGCGGUUCACGGUGAUCGGAGAGCGAGUGUUUUGUUCCGAACGACGGUUCACUAUCGCUCGAAACGAUUCCACAACGAGCAGGCCAUCAAUUUGAUUACGAAAAUAAUACCCAGCGAAAAUGGGUUGUCUAAUGAGAGCUCGAUUCUGGAUACAGAAGUGAGGAUGUACAACGAAGUGUUACCGGCAAUGGUGAAAACGUUGAAAGAUGUUGGAGAAUGCAUUGAUUUUCCAAGAUUGAUCCACGCGAGCCCCAAACCCAACACUAUCCUUAUCCUCGAAAAUGUUCAUCCAUUGGGUUGGCUGUCGUUCAAAAAGUACAGAAGCACGUAUGAAGAUGUUACAGCAACAGUUCAUGCCAUUGCAAAGUUUCAUGCCUUAUCCUACUUUUUAAACGAAACGUCUAUUGAUCUCUCAACCUUCAAAUCACUGAACAAAGUGCAAGACCUGCCCGGUAACAGUUUUACAAGCUUCGCGGAUGAAGUUGAAACCUGGGCGAAUUGUGAAAAGUUUUCCCUGAAAUUCCAACUCCUUGAAGCCUCUGUGCAGGAAAAGUUGAAACAGGUACUCAAGGCAAACUCCAAAUCACACGGAUAUAAUGUCCUCAACCAUGGAGCGAUCCAUCCAAAAAAUCUUUUUUAUAAAGUCAACUCCACUGGGCUAGUCAUGAAGACGAUGCUAAUCGAUUUUCAACGCUGCCAUUGGGGAUCGCCGGCCAUAGAUUUGCUCUAUUUGCUGGAUUUAGUCGUCAAGCAUGACGUUAAGGUAGCCAAGCGCGAUGAAAUCAUCUACCAGUACUAUCAGCACUUUGUCGAAAUAUUGAACAAGAUCGGUUUCCUGGGCACCGUUCCGAGUCUAGUUGAUUUGCACAUAGAGCUGCUCAGAAAAGGGUUUCUCGAGGUGUUUCAUGACGUUGAACAGCUGGGAGACUCAGAUUUGAAGAUCGACCAAUAUCAGUCUAUGAUUCGAACCGAUAUGAUGCACUUAUUGUACAAAGGUAUACUGAACUAAUAAAUAAAUUAAUAUAAUAAAAGUCCAA